AUGGCAAUGCAGCUGGCAAGUAUGGUACACGGCAGCGGCCGGGAACGUGAGGCGCACGAACACCACCACCGUCAAUACCAACCACAACCACAACAACCACAUUCGCCGCACAAUCAGACGCAGCAGACCUCGGGCUACUACUCUCACCAACCCGCUCACCGACCCUAUCAGCCACCCACCAGCGCCGCACAUAGUCCGUACUCGAAUCCGCAGGCUCAGACAGUCGAGUAUCAGUAUCAACGACACCCUCAGUCACCACCAUCUCCACCGGUGGAAGAACAGAAGCCUUCACUCCCGUCCAUUUCCAGCCUGUUGAGCGUUGCAGAUGGCGAGAAGGCAGCAUCAGAGAAAGCCCACCAAAGUCCACAAUUACAACACCAGCAGCGGAACUCGUCGUCUCCACAACUUCGACAAGACCCCCAGCAGCGUCCAGUAGCAGGAGCAGUGCAACCAGUUUCCACGAUCGUGAGCAACCCCAGAAUUACUUUACCUCCUACGCCACCUAUGCAUCCGGAUCCAAUGGUUGACGGCAAUCAGUCUCCGUCGACCGCCUCGACGCACUCCAACACUCCGUACUUCCUCGGCCAGUCUCUCAACAACCUGGAGCCGCACCAGCAACGUCAAAGCGGGCCGCCCGCACCACCGAUCAAGCGUGACUCACUCCCUUCGCAACCGUCAAUGUCCCCGUACAGCACUUCCGCCUACGCACCCUCCCCGUACACCUCCUCUCCAGGCGCCGCUUCCUCUGGGUCUUUCUACUCUCCUGAACCGCACUACAACAGCAGCAUGUACGGCCAGCGACCUCUUCCAUCUAGCUUCCCACCCCCAGGGAUUUCACUUCCUGUGCCUGCCAAUGCGGCCAACGGCUCGAGCGUGUGGCAGCAUCAUCAUUACAUCAGCGCAUCAGCCCAAUCAUCGUUUCCUCAGUCACAAGAUCGCUACAUCUGCUCCACCUGCAACAAAGCAUUCUCAAGACCGAGUAGCCUUCGCAUACACAGCCACAGCCACACGGGUGAGAAGCCCUACAAGUGCCCUCAGCCUGGGUGUGGAAAGGCCUUCAGUGUACGCAGCAACAUGAAACGACACGAGCGGGGUUGCCACGCAUCUACCAGCACCACAAUUACCACGACAUGA